GCGGAACACUUGGCUGAGUGGACGGAGGACGCGUCAUCUUCUGGAGAUGCUCGGAAACGGAGGUAGGGGGAAGAGCAACGGACUCGGCAUAGGUUGCUAGUUCCGCUCGAGCUGACAGAAAAGCAUGCGUGACGAAGGCCGUAGGUUUUCUAUAUAGCAUCGAUUUCAGCAUGGUAAAGCGAGGACAUACGAACUCUUGUCAGAAGAAAUAUGCAUGGUGCGGAUACGGGUUUAACAUGAGUGGAGAAGCUGAUGAUGAGUCGAGUGGAGGGACGAGGGAGGCAUGCGUCGGGCGGAGCGGGAGUGAGACACGUGUGUGGCGGGACGUGACCGAUGUGACGGCGCGCCCCCACGCGUUUUCGGUUCUGGCGCUCGCUACUGGUCGUCGACAUCUCGCUCCCUCCGCUCGUCACUCGCCACGACUUAGACCACAGCCAGCUCACUCUCUCCCCCGACGUACCAUGCUCGCUCUGGCCCAUCCCGUACAGCACGAUCACCCAAAUAUUCAUAGUCCCCCAGUGCCCCAGCAGCCGCAGAGACAGCAGCCGCCAUCGUCCAGGAGAUCCUCCUCGUCCGCUUCAUCUUCUACCUCAGCUUCACGUCCAUCCCAGCCCAACGUGGCGUCCUCGUCCUCCACCCACCCUUCACUGUCGUCCUCGUCGUCCUCUCAUGCUGCGUCAUCUGCCGCCUCGUUGUCCUCUGCAUCAUCCUCUACACCCCAUGCCACGCAAAGGACUGACCACAGACCACAUCCGACGUCCGCUUCGGGUCAACCACCACCGGAGAGCUCGAGACCGUCGGUCGAUAUUCACCAAUAUCCCGCCCAGGAUCUCCUUCGUCUGCUUGCAUCUCUCCUCACUCAGAUCGCCGCCGCAAACGACAACCUUCCGUCCGAAUCUCCAUCUCAUUCCCACUCUUCCCAUCAUACCUAUCCAAACCUUCCAGAGCUCCAGCAGCGGCCUAUCUGGCGUUCUCUCACAAAUGCUUCCCGCAAUGCACUCGCCACCCCUUCAUCCUCAUUGUCCUUCCAUGCCCGCAACGUCCCCACAAUCUCCCUUGAAGCAUACCUUCUCCGUAUUCUUAAAUAUUGUCCCACAACGAAUCAAGUAUUUCUCUCCCUCCUCGUAUACUUUGACAGGAUGGCACGGAUAGCAACUGAGGCAACUGGGAGGUCCUUUGUUAUCGACUCGUACAAUAUCCACAGGCUGGUCAUCGCCGGAGUCACCGUCGCGAGCAAGUUCUUCAGUGAUGUAUUUUACACCAAUUCUCGGUACGCUAAGGUUGGAGGUCUCCCACAAGCCGAGCUCAACCAACUUGAACUCCAAUUCCUGCUCUUAAACGACUUCCGCCUCAUGAUCUCUGAUCACGAAAUGCAACACUACGCGGAUCAGCUCAUCCUCUUCUCCCAAACCCACUCUAUACCGCCCUCGCCCUCCUCGAACCCUAUCGCCCUUGCCGGUUCUGCUCCCGGCACUCCUUCCGCACCACAACCCUCACCCCUGAGCCCCCAUCCACAUUCGUCAUUUGUACCGGGUGGACUGUCGGCACCAGCACAUGCUUUGGGAGCUUUCGAUGCUUAUGGCCCUGGUGGGCGAUUUGAGCAUGGACAUCCCAGCGGUAGUUCUCACUCGGAAGUCAACUCCACACACCACGCCCACACAAAUCACCAUCCUCAUCCCCACUCAACGCCCUCGCAUCACUCAUCCGCUCACCCGUCUUCUUCCUCCCGCACUCCUUCUGCUUCCGCUACCCCUGGACCAGGCCCUUCGCCCGUGGACGCCAUCCCUUCAUCCUCUGAGAACGCUCGUACCCCUUCAUUCCAUGCUUCCCGCUCCACAACCUCGCUCGUGAGUCUUAGCUCUGAUGUGACGGACGGUACGGAUACGGAUACGACGGAGAUGACGGAGACGGAUCGGGAGACUGAUUUUGGGAGUACGGAUGAUGAGCCGACUAUCAGAGCCAACGGAAGUGUGGUCGGAGGGGGCAGGCGAGGCGACGACGACGACGAUGACGACGACGACGACGACACGGAGGAGGAGGACGAGGAUGGGGAAGGGGGCGGUGGAUUGUUUAUUACAAGGAGAGGGACGGCGGAGGCUUUAGACGGCCGUGGGGGUGGGACACGGGUAGGCACUGUGGCGGAAGGAUUCAAGGGAAGGAGAGCGGCGGGAGAUGUGAGGAUGGCGAGUCCGUAGAGCGCUUGCGUGCUUUGGAGAUCGAGGGAUGUUGCUGUCGAUGCUUGAUCGUGCUUUGUCAUGAAUGGAUGGGCGGAUUUCUUUUUGUUCGUUUCGUUUGAAUUUGGGCCGCUCGGCCUGCUCGAUUUUAAUUGACGGUUUUGAUCGCUGGUGUUCUGCUGAAGGUCCAUACUUACACAUGUCGAGUCAUCUCAUUCUCUUCGUCGCAGCUUCGUCAGUGGUUCUUCGUUCUCGUGUCUACUUAUAAAUACUUUCGUUGUUAACCGUUCAAUGUUUUUGACUGGCUCCUUGCGCGCUUCUCUUCUUUGAUCCAUUGAUCCGUCCAUCGUCGAUUAUCAGUGGUAUUUGUUCGGCUCCAAGUCUCAAUCUCCGUCUUCGGCUCUUUCUCAAGUUUCAGUUUCUCCUCAUCUCCUCAUUGUCAUUCUCACGUCCCAUCAUACUCUCCAAACUCUUACACCUACACGUACAUUUACAAGAUACAAUUACGGAUCGGUCUUAUGGUUCUCUUUCAACCCCUAAUGCGAGCGCGCGCUUCCGAGACUCAGCGAAUGGC